AUGGGGCCAAUGAAAUAUAAGUCAAGUGUGUCCUCAGUGUCCUGUGGUCUGCAAUAUCACCAUUCGUUGAUAAAGUGGAGUCCAAAAGUGAAUUUACACAUAGUGCAGACUUACUGCUCAUCAGCACCUAAGAGGCCUGAAGCCAAGUCUGCAAUAGAAAUGGCCAUGGGUCUUCUUAAUCGGCUGACAGAAGCUGGGACCGUUGUGGGAAAAAACUCCCUUCAAAAAAUGUCUGCAACGUGCAAGAAUUGGUGGGACAGAUACGAAGAAUUUGUUGGAAUUAAUGAAGUUCGGGAGGCUCAGGGAAAAGUGACAGAGGCUGAAAAUGUCUUUAUGAUAGCUCGAGGGAUAGUACGAGAGGCUCGUGAAAAUGUAGAAGCCCAACAGAUUAAACUGAAGGAAAUUCGGGACCGCUUAGACAGGGUCUCUCGGGAUGACACCCAGUAUUUAGAACUGGCUACCCUGGAACACAGGUUGCUGCAGGAAGAGAAGAGGUACCGAGCUGCAUAUUUAAAUGCAGAAGAAUCUGAGAGAGAAAAAUUCUCUCUUUUCUCUGCAGCUGUAAGGGAAAGCCAUGAGAAAGAGCGAACAAGAGCUGAAAAAACAAAGAACUGGUCUAUUAUUGGUUCUGUACUGGGAGCCAUUAUAGGUGUUAUUGGUUCCACCUAUGUUAAUCGAGUAAGGCUGCAAGAACUGAAAGUCUUGGUGCUUGAAGCACAAAAGGGCCCAAUAAAUUUGCAAGAAGCCAUCAAAGAACAGGCCUCCAGCCAUUACUUACAGCAGAAGGAUCUCAGUGACGUCAUAGCAGACCUGAAAAAUGUGCUGCAAACAAGGACAUCACAGGAAAUAAAAGGCGGCGCUUUGUUAAGUAGAGAAGACAGGAAUGACUCCAUAAAAAUAGAUUCUCUUUUAAUUCCUUUAAAUGAACAGCUGAACUACACUAAACAAGUCAUUUCAUGUUUAGGGAGUUUACAACAGCAGUUUAACAGUUUGCAGGAAAGUUUAGCGCAAAUGAUUUCUGAGAUGCAGAGUGUUAAACUUGCGGUUCAUUCUAGACCUACAGAAAGAGUGAUGCCAAGGUCUUCAGUGGAGAGCAAGGGCCAGGCUUCAGCCAUAAGAGAUGUGAUUUUAGAAUUGUGUGAUACCGAGCGGAGACUGGAAACACAAAUCAAGAGAAAUUCUAUUUACAGCACUGCAGUGACAUGUGCUAUGUUUGCUAUUACUCUGCCAGUACUGUAUAUUAUACUUAAAGGGAACUGA